CGGAGCUAUGUUGUACCCAAUCAUGGAUCUUGAUGCUUCCACUUUCACUAGUGAUUGACAAGCGUAUGUCCAGGGCUUUGUUGUUGAUAAAAUUGUGUAGCAGGUGCUCGUGGUUUAGUUAAAUUUUGGCGUUAUUUUACGUAAUUUUAGUUUUUCUGAAAGGAUUUGUGGUGGCAGCCACUGGAGCGGGAUGGAGCAGUCUGAUGCAGACUGGGGAGGACAUGACAUCAAGUCUGGCGGGGACGGGGUCGAGACCAUGCUGGGAGACUUUGAUAACGACUCCAACUUUGGAUCACUGUCAGUGAAAAGUGAGGAGGCCUUCAAUACUACAGGACUGGUGGAGGAUGAAGAAAUGGACUACAACAUGUAUGAGGAGUAUAGUGACAGCUAUAAUGAGAGCAAUAUGACCUUCUCUGAUACAGAGAGUAAGGAAGACUUUGGCAGUGGUCAGCAAGUGACCAGUGAAGAGAAUGGAGGGUCCUUCAUUAAUAGUGGACGUAACUUGUACAUUUAUCCUUCAGGCAGAGAGGGCAUGGCAACCUGUGAGCGCUGUGGCACAGUGGGUAUCAAACAUGCUUUUUACUCCAAGACCAAGAGAUUCUGCAGCUUGGCUUGUUCUAGGAGUUUUGCCACGGCUCUCAGAGAGGGGCCGCAGUCUAACCGCAGGGGUGGACAUGUGCCUGGGGGAAGGAUGGGUCCAUUGAAAACUCCUUCCAAGAAGAAAACACCACCCAAGCCUAAACCUCAGAUUAAUACCAUUCCAUCAUCUUACAACAAACAGAAUGCCAUAAAGUCUUUUGACUGGAGUAACUAUUUAAACACAACUUGUGCUGAAGCAGCUUCUAUUAGUUAUUUCAAACAUGCUCCCAUGUCGGAUAGCUGGGACAACAUCAUAGUGGGGAUGAAGGUGGAAGUGAUUAACUCUGAUGUAGAUCUUCCCAGUACUGUCUUCUGGAUUGCUACUGUCAUCAGAAUAGCAGGUUACAAGGCACUGAUCAGAUAUGAAGGGUUUGGUGCUGAUUGCAGCAAGGAUUUCUGGUUAAAUCUGUGUACACAGGACGUACACCCAGUGGGCUGGUGUGCCACGAUUGGGAAACCAUUGGUGCCUCCUAAAACUAUUCAGUACAAGUAUGUGGACUGGAAGGAAUUCCUUGUGAAGAGGCUGACUGGUGCCAGGACACUUCCCAAUAAUUUUUACACUAAGGUGCUAGAGAGCAUGAGCAGCCAUAAGUUCAAACCAGGCACAAGACUGGAAGUCGUGGACAAAAUGUGUGUGUCCGCCAUGAGGGUGGCGACUGUAGACGAGAUCAUAGGGGGACGUCUAAGACUUCAGUAUGUGGACAGUAAGGAUGAAAAUGAUGAUUUCUGGUGCCACUACAGAUCUCCAUUGAUACAUUAUGUAGGCUGGUCAUCACAAGCUGGUCAUAAACUUCACUCCACACCUGAGUACAGAUCAAAAGCCGCAGAGAAGGCCAGGACUGGGGAAUAUGAAGAGGGGGAUGCAAGUCCUGAUAUGUUUAUAGAGCAUAAGGACAUUCCAAAUGGGCAAAGGUUUGAAGCGGGCAUGAAGCUGGAAGCUAUAGAUCCUCUCAACUUGUCCACCAUAUGUGUAGCCUCUGUUAUGAAGGUGCUAAAGAACAACUAUCUGAUGAUAGGCAUAGAUGGGUCCAUGGCCCACAAUGGUUCUGAUUGGUUCUGUUACCAUGCCUCCUCGCCCUCCAUCUUCCCUAUGGGAUUCUGUGAGAUUAACAGCAUUGAGUUGACCCCUCCACGAGGUUAUAAAGGUCCAUUCAAGUGGUUUGAUUAUCUUAAACAAACCAAGUCAAGGGCUGCUCCUGUAAGGCUGUUUGAUAAGGAGAUUCCAAAGCAUGGUUACCGGGUUGGAAUGAAGUUGGAGGCAGUUGACCUUAUGGAACCAAGGUUGAUCUGUGUGGCCAGUGUGACUCAGAUCGUGGGCAGGUUGUUAAGGAUCCACUUUGAUGGCUGGGAGAAGGAGUAUGACCAGUGGAUAGACUGCCAGUCUCCAGAUAUCUAUCCUGUAGGCUGGUGUGAGAUGGUGGGCUACCACCUGGAGGGACCCAAGACUAAAGAGACUUAUGUGCCUCUUCAAACUGUAUCAAAGAAAAGAAAAACUAAGAACCAAAUAUACAAAGGUCCAAGAAAGAAGAGGAAAACCAGAAUGGGCCUUGGUGGAAGAGCUUCCAACGGAAANAUUUUUUUUUUCAUUAAAAGAGAAGGACCCGAGGGCGUCCAAGGGCAAUCCGACGGAGACAUUCGCCUUAAAGACGGAGGCACGCAAUACCAAGGCCGCGUUGAGAUCUACCAUAAUGGGGAGUGGCGGAGGGUAUGUGAGGAGGGGUGGGGACUUAAUGACGCUAAAGUCGCAUGCAGACAGCUUGGCUACAAGGGCGCCCAUACUGCGUAUAUCGACUAUAAACCCCGAGGCACUGGACCCUUUUGGGUGUCUAAUCUGAACUGCGCCGGUACUGAGGACCGCUUGGCUCAGUGUUCGUCCCUAGGUUGGGGCACUAUCAGCUAUAACUGCGGCACCGGACACUACGACGAUGCUGGGGUCAUCUGUAAAGCACGUAUGUGGUAA